CAUGGAGGAUGCAGCAAGCAGGCGAUCUCUCUGAUAAGUCUCAAAGUUAACGCCUUCGGCCACUGGCGUACCUCCAACGAACUUAGUAGGUUCCUAUUUUCCGUCUCAGUCAUUGCUCUGCAGCUAGCUGGAUCCUUUCUCGCAGGUAAUGUUUUAUCUUCCUUUGUUCUCUCAUGGUGUCACUUUUUCUUUGGCAACCCUAUUUGGUCUCGUUCAAACUUUAUAUUGUUGUGAUCGCUUCCCAAGUUCCCUUCAUGAUGGCCAUCUACAGGUCAAAUAUAAGCAUGGUUAUGGCUUUGUAUCCGGCCGAGUACAUGAGGGUAUGAGAGCAUGGUCUGGAAUGGGGGGCGAUGGAGCCAGUAAGGGCUCAUGCAGACAUGCGAUUGAAGAUGCACUGCUACAUGGCAGUAAUUUCAACUUGCUUUAGCUUCAAGUCAAGUGGCGAAGAGGAGAUCACCGUAGUGGUCCAAGGCGGGUAAUUCGUUUCUGUUGUCAGGCCGGACGUUCGAAAAGCCCGGCAGGCCAAGAGGGGCAAAAUAGGUAAUA